AUGUUUGAAAGAGAGCCAUUAUUAGGUGGAGAUAAAUCUAUUUACAACAAGAAAUCAAAAUCAAAUAUAAAACCUUAUUUAUCAUAUAUACUAAACUGCAUAACAUUAAUUACUAUAGCAUUUUUAUACUUUAACAAUUCAACUACAAACCUGCCCAAAAAUGAAGAAAAACCAUUGGAUCCAACAAGCAAGAAAAAUAUAAUCAUGAUGGUAACUGAUGGUAUGGGACCAGCAUCAAUGUCAAUGGCAAGAUCAUUUCGACAAUUUAAAGAUAAAUUACCCAUGAAUGAUAUUUUAACUUUGGAUCAAUAUCUUGUUGGAACUUCAAGGACGAGAUCAUCAAGUUCAUUAAUUACUGAUUCAGCAGCUGGUGCUACUGCUUUCUCAUGUGGUUUGAAAUCUUAUAACGGAGCUAUAGGUGUUGAUUCGAAUAAAAAUCCAUGUGGAACUAUAUUAGAAGCUUUGAAAUUACAAGGUUAUUACACUGGAUUAGUUGUAACCACUAGAAUUACUGAUGCAACUCCAGCAGCUUUCAGUUCUCAUGUAGACUAUAGAUUUCAGGAAGACUUGAUUGCACAACAUCAAAUUGGGGAAUAUCCAUUUGGAAGAGCAGUUGAUUUAAUCUUAGGUGGUGGUAGAUGUCAUUUUUACCCAUCUACUAUCCCUGGUGGUUGUAGAGUAGAUAAUAGAAAUUUAUUAAAAGAAACUAAGAAAAAGGGAUGGUCAUAUGUUGGUAAUAGAGAAGAAUUUGAUAAUUUAAAUGGUGGUAAAAAUGUAACAUUUCCAUUAUUAGGUUUAUUAGCAGAUGGAGAUAUACCUUAUGAUAUUGAUAGAGAUGAAAAAGAUUAUCCCUCAUUAGCUGAACAAGUUAAAGUUGCAUUAACUGCAUUAUCAGAAGCAACUAAAGAUUCUGAUCAAGGUUUUUUUUUAUUGAUUGAAGGUUCAAGAAUUGAUCAUGCUGGUCAUCAUAAUGAUCCUGCUUCUCAAGUUAGAGAAGUUUUGGCAUAUGAUAAAGCAUUUGAAGAAGUUAUUUCAUUUAUCGAUUCAACAGAUGUAGAAACAAUUGCCAUUUCUACUAGUGAUCACGAAACUGGUGGGUUAGUUACUGCAAGACAAGUAAGUGAAUCAUAUCCUGACUAUUUAUGGAACCCUGAAGUCUUAUUAAAUAGUACCAAAUCUGGAGAUUAUUUAGCUCAUAAAAUUUAUGAACAUAGAAACAAAGGAUCUAAACAAGAUUUAAAACAAUUCAUCGAAAAAAACAUUUUAGAGAAAACCAUGGGUAUAAAGGACUAUACUAAAUCAGAGGUUGAAUUAAUUUUAGAAAAUUCUCAAAAUAUAGAAAAGGUAUUGUACUUUUUGAACAAUAUGGUGUCGUUUAGAGCACAAAUUGGUUGGACCACACAUGUUCAUUCUGCGGUUGAUGUCAAUAUAUAUGCUCAUACUAAUUCACCUCAAUUAUUGAAGAAAUUAAGAUCAAGAAAAUCUUAUGAAGGUUUAACAGGUAAUCAUGAAAAUAUUGAAAUUGGAGCAUUUAUGGAAUCAGUAACUGGUUCAAAUUUGAAUCAAAUCUCUGAAAUGAUAAAAUCAACUGAUCAUUCACCCAAAAAAAAUGACGCCUUUCAAGUUGAUCAAUAUCAUGAUUCUUUAAUCAAUAAACUUCAUGAAAACGUUUAA